UGGUACGUUGUAUCUCUGGCUCGCGUGUUGUACGGCGCAACCGUCGGGAAUCGCGAUGCAACUCUAGGAAUUAACGUAAUAAGUAGUCGCCCAAAGAAAAGGCCCUCUUCUUAUUCGCCCAAAUCUGCGACCCCUCUAUCGGUAUCUAUUCCAAUGCUCCCCGCUCUGUCCCUCCGUCGCAUUUCAGCAUCGUUUCCUAGGUGCAGACAAAUUUCUUCGUCUUCACCUACACCUGGGCUUCCUUGCGUGUUGAAGUCUUUCAUUCCCAGAUCGUCUCAGACAACCCCUCGUCGAUUCUUCUACGGACAUAUUGACGACCGCAAAAUGGCGCCGCAGUUGGAGCCUUUUUUCAAGGAGGUGGACCAGCAGUCUGAGUCUUUUAUUGACCGUCUUCGCAAGGCUGUUGCGAUUCCAUCCGUCUCUGCUCAGGAUGAGAACCGAAAGGAUGUCUUCAAGAUGGCCGAUUUCCUCGCUUCUGAGCUGGAAGCUCUCGGAGCUGAAGUGCACAAAAGACCACUAGGAAAGCAGCCCGGUAAGGAGCAUCUCGAUCUGCCGCCUGUUGUCAUUGCCCGAUAUGGAAACGACAAGAACAAGCGGACGAUCUUGGUGUACGGCCACUAUGACGUCCAACCGGCUUUGAAGGAAGAUGGAUGGGCUACUGAGCCUUUCACCCUUAGCAUUGACGAUAAGGGAAGAAUGUACGGUCGUGGUGCUACGGAUGACAAGGGACCUGUCCUGGGCUGGUUGAACGUUAUCGAAGCUCACAAGAAGGCUGGCGUCGAGUUCCCUGUGAACUUGCUAUGCUGCUUUGAGGGAAUGGAGGAAUACGGCUCCGAAGGGUUGGACGAGUUCAUCCAGGCUGAGAGCAAGGGAUUCUUCAAGGACGCAGAUGCCGUCUGUAUCUCCGACAACUACUGGCUGGGAACUGAAAAGCCCUGCCUAACCUAUGGUCUGCGAGGCUGCAACUACUACUCUGUCAGCGUCUCUGGUCCUGCUCAGGAUUUGCACAGCGGUGUAUUCGGUGGAUCUGCACACGAACCCAUGACAGACCUGGUCAACAUUCUGUCAAAGUUGGUCGAUUCUCAGGGAAACAUCUUGAUUCCAGGUCUCAUGGAUCUUGUUGCCCCUCUGACAGAGGAGGAGAAGACGCUCUACGGUGGAAUCAGCUACAAAAUGGAAGACCUUCACGAGUCGCUGGGCAGUGAAACCAGCAUUCAUCCCACCAAGGAGAGGACUCUGAUGGCUCGAUGGAGAUAUCCUUCUCUGUCUAUUCACGGUAUCGAAGGUGCAUACUCCGCACCUGGUGCCAAAACAGUUAUUCCGGCCAAGGUUAUCGGCAAGUUUUCCAUCAGAACCGUGCCCAACAUGGAGAGCGCGGAUGUGAACAAAUUGGUGUUCGAUUAUAUCAAGGCAGAAUUUGCCAAGCUGAACACGAAGAACAAGCUGGAUGUCUGGCUCCAGCACGACGGCAAGUGGUGGGUUGCUAGCCCGAAGCACUGGAACUUUACAGCUGCCAGUAAGGCUGUGAAGCAAGUUUUCGGAGUCGAGCCCGAUAUGACUCGUGAGGGUGGAAGUAUUCCUGUCACAUUGACUUUCGAGCAGGCAACGGGCAAGAACGUGUUGCUUUUGCCGAUGGGCAGCUCCACGGAUGCUGCUCACUCUAUCAACGAGAAGCUCGACAAGCGAAACUAUAUCGAGGGAACGAAGCUGCUGGGAGCUUAUCUUCACUAUGUCGCGGAGGAGCCCAUUGUUAACUAAGAGAAUCUCGAAGAGGGGCGUUUAUUCAAGCGCUUCAAGCAAGUCAGCGUCGUACAACUGCAAGCACGGCUUUGAUGAUUUCUCUCAGUGCUGUUCCUUCUCCAUCCUAAGAAGUCGUGGAACUUAUUAUCGGAGACAGAGAUAUUCGUAAUACAUAAAAGGAUAUCGGAGAAGAAACACGUCGAGUUCACUAGGAGUGUAUCAAGGAUCAUGUGGUGCACGAAAUUAGCCAAAUAUCCACUUGGGUACUCUCAUAUGGGUAGUUAUGGUAUUAUCUAUGUCAAUGAACAGAGAAAAAUAAACCUCU